AUGUCCCCGCUCGACCUCGACGCCUGGCUCGCCAAGAUCCGCCGCUGCGAGCCGCUCGAAGAGCACGAACUGAGAAAUCUCUGCGCCCGCGUCAAAGAGCUCCUCGUCGAGGAAUCCAACGUCCAGAGCGUGCACAGCCCGGUGACGGUGUGCGGUGACAUUCACGGACAGUUUCACGACCUGAUGAAACUGCUCGAGACCGGCGGAGAGGUGCCGGGGACGAAUUACAUUUUCAUGGGCGACUUCGUCGAUCGCGGAUACAACAGUCUGGAGUCGUUCACGCUGCUGAUGCUGCUGAAAGCGCGCUGGCCCGCGCACGUGACGCUGUUGCGAGGAAAUCACGAGAGCCGACAGAUCACGCAGGUGUACGGGUUCUACGAUGAGUGUCAGAGGAAGUACGGAAGCGCGAACGCGUGGCGGUGGUGCACGGACGUGUUCGAUUACUUGGGGUUGGCGUGCGUGAUCGAUGGGAAGGUGCUGUGCGUGCACGGUGGGUUGAGUCCAGACAUACGAACGAUUGAUCAAGUGCGGACGAUCGAUCGGUUGUGCGAGAUUCCGCACGAGGGACCGUUUUGUGAUUUAAUGUGGAGCGACCCGGAGGACAUCGAGACGUGGGCGGUGAGCCCGAGAGGGGCGGGGUGGUUGUUCGGCCGAAGGGUGACGGACGAGUUCAACGAGAUAAAUGGAUUAAACUUGAUUUGUAGGGCGCAUCAGUUGGUGCAGGAAGGGUUGAAGUACAUGUUUCCGGAUAAGAAUUUGGUGACGGUUUGGAGCGCGCCGAAUUAUUGCUACCGGUGCGGCAACGUCGCCUCCAUCUUAGCUUUUGACGAUAACCUCGAUCGCGAGGUUAAGUAUUUCACGGAAACCACCGAAAACUCAACCAUGAUGGCGCCUCGCGCGACGUUGCCCGGUUAUUUCCUAUAA